AUGGUUUCUGUUCCAGACGUCAAUGAUGGGCAAGUCAUUGAGAUCACAGUGCAGUCCUUAUCCGAAAACGUGGCAAGUUUGAAAGAGAAAGUAGCAAACAAACUGAAGUUAAGGGGAAAAGCCGGGAUUUUAAAGGACGAUGACAAGUCACUUGCACAUUACAAUGUUCGAGCAGGUGACAUCCUAACACUGUCUUGGUAA